AUGUUGUCAUGCUUAGUGUCAGUUUUUCUGUUUCUGUCCUGUUUUCCUUUAAUCCAAGCCAACUCCAUAGAUGAAAUUAAGUUCUACAAUUUCAGCAGUGCUCUGGAGAAACUUGAACAGUUAAAUAACAACACACGAAGAAUAAUGGGUGGAAUCGGGCCAUGGUCAUGCACCUACGAUUGUUUCAAAUCUUCUCCCUAUUAUGAUCCAGAUGAGGAAGAUCUUUGUGUUGAAUGGAAAGUUCUCACAAUGAGGAAUCGAAAAAAAAAUUGCACAAAUAUUAUACCAAUGUCAUGGAUCAAAAAUAGAACUGUAGAAGUGAUAAGAAGUAUGUAUGUGCAUGGACCUCGUGAAAUGUACGAUGAGCUUUUCAAAAUAGGCAUUUUUAAACCAGAAGAAGAACCUUUCUAUAGAAAAAUGGAACGGUACGGAAUUUUAAUAUACAUCGUUUCUCUUUCUUCUCUGCUGUUGAUCAGCUUAGCUAUUGCCAACUACACGAAAAAGUUUUUGAUCAAAUUGAACCUUAUAGCUAGUUCAGAAUACAGACCUUCACAGGUUGGGAAUGUUACGUACAAGGGACAUGAAAACGAAGGCGAGCAAAUAGAAAUGAUGUAA